GACCAUGGCAAAGAAGGUGGCAGUGAUUGGAGCUGGGGUCAGUGGCCUGGUCUCUCUGAAGUGCUGUGUGGAUGAGGGACUGGAGCCCACUUGCUUUGAGCAAACUGAAGAUAUUGGAGGGCUGUGGAGGUUCAAGCAGCUGACGUGAAGAUGAGCAACUCAGAGGAGGUGUCCUGGAUUUCCUGGUUCUGUGGGCUCCGUGGCAAUGAAUUCUUCUGUGAAGUGGCUGAAGACUACAUCCAGGACAAAUUCAAUCUCACUGGACUCAAUGAGCAGGUUCCUCAUUAUCGACAAGCUCUAGACAUGAUCUUGGACCUGGAGCCUGAUGAAGAGCUGGAAGACAACCCCAACCAGAGCGACCUGAUUGAGCAGGCUGCCGAGAUGCUUUAUGGAUUGAUCCACGCCCGCUAUAUCCUCACCAACCGUGGCAUCGCCCAGAUGUUGGAAAAGUACCAGCAGGGAGGCUACUCUCCCCGUGUGUACUGUGAGAACCAGCCAAUGCUUCCCGUCGGCCUUUUGGACAUUCCAGGUGAGGCCAUGGUGAAGCUCUACUGCCCCAAGUGCAUGGACGUGUACACAACCAAGUCAUCAAGGCACCAUCACACAGACGGCGCCUACUUCGGCACCGGUUUCCCUCACAUGCUCUUCAUGGUGCACCCCGCGUACCGGCCCAAGCAGCCCGCCAACCAGUUUGUGCCCGGGCUCUAGGGUUUCAAGAUCCAUCCGAUGGCCUACCAGCUGCAGCUCCAAGCCACCAGCAACUUCAAGAGCCCAGUCGAGACGAUUCACUGAUUCGCCAUCCCACUUGUCCCUCAGUCUUUGGCACCUCCGAUCCUCUGCUGCCACCCUUUCAGGAACCCUCUAUGGUUUUUAGUUUAAAUUAAAGGAGUCAUUAUUGUGGUGGGAAUAUGAAAUAAAGUGGAAGAAAAGGCAAAAAAAAAA